AACACCCAGAAAUGCGAGUCAGCGGGCAAGGACUCGAGGAAUCGAUUAUUUUGGAGUCGACUCCCCACAAUUAGAUGAGGUGCAGUCAACUUCGCCUGAUGACUUGUGUUUGACAGCGACGCUCUGCUGUAGAAAGGGUGAAGAAGAAAGACAAUGGAAAUCUUCAAAGUGGACUAGUUCCUCCUUCUCUUCUGAAGUGCGUUGGGGAUAGCCAAACCUCCUCCAGCCACCAUGAACCACUCUAACGAGUCGACCCCACUGUGCUUUUCCAUCAACAGUCCCCCCUUCAACUACACCCACACCAUUGCUUCCGCCUACUUCUCAUCAGUGUUUAGUGCACUGGGCCUCACCUUCAACCUCAUCGCCUUCGUGGUCCUCCUGAAGUCCUUCCCACGCACGCAAAGCCGGUCGCGCUCCUCCUUCCUCAUCUUCCUCUGCGGCCUGGUGUUUACCGACUUCAUGGGCCUCCUGGUCACCGGCUCCAUCGUGGUCUCCUUCCACUUCACCCAGUUCAACUGGCGCCGCCUGGACCCGCACUGCCACUUCUGCAACUUCAUGGGCAUGUCUAUGGUCUUCUACGGCCUGUGCCCGCUGCUGCUGGGGGCCACCAUGGCCAUGGAGCGUUUCGUGGGCAUCAAUCGGCCGUUCGCCCGCUCGACCAGCAUGAUGACCAAGUCGCGGGCAGUGUCCAUAGUGCUGAUGGUAUGGGCAGGGGCGGGGUGCAUCUCACUGCUGCCCCUGGUUGGCGUGGGGAGCUACCACAUGCAGAUACCGGGCUCCUGGUGCUUCUUUAAAAUUAGCUCCGAGGCAAGCGACAUGGCCUUUUGCCUGCUUUUCUCGCUGGUGGGGCUGCUGUCCAUCGCCGUGUCCUUCCUGCUCAAUACAAUAAGCGUGGUGACCCUGGUCAAGGUGUGCUGCAGCCAGGACGCUAGGCAGCGGCGCCGGGACUACGAGGUGGAGAUGAUGGUGCAGCUCAUCUGGAUCAUGAUGAUCGCUUCCAUCUGCUGGUGCCCCCUGCUGAAUAUUGCCUCACAGAAUGGAAACAGCAGCCAACCGAGACAUCUCCCAGAUGGUCGGCGAACAGGGAUACCUACUUCACCAACACCACGAUCAGCUGGCGCAUCUGGGAAUGGAGUUCUUCAACGUCUAGAUCUUCCCCAAGGGAGUCACCCCCAACGAGCGGAGGAUCCUCUACCAUGAGUUGACCCAGGGAGCCAGCACCCCAGCCCAUUCAGCAGUCUGCCCAGGUCAGCGAUGCCCGUUUGUCCCUUCCAGACAAAUAUGACGGGACUCCAUCCAAAUGCUGUGCCUUCCUCCUCCAGUGCUCCCUCUAUUUUGCUCAUCAAACGGGAGCCCCCAACACUGAGCGCCUACUCCAACCACGGCAGGAGGACCAGACUGCUGCGGAGUACGCCCUCACCUUUAAUACUGUGGCAGUAUCCAGCGGAUGGAAUGAGCUGGUGYUCCGUACCUUAUUCAGCAGAGGAUUGAGUGAGGAGGUCCAGACGGAGCUGGCAUGCCGAGAUGACACUCUCUCAUUGGACRCACUCAUCGCGACGGCCAUCCGUCUGGAUAACCUCCUUCGGGAGCGUCAGCACUCCCAUCGCCUAUCUCCCUCCUUCGUUGACUGAUCUGAGUCAGAGCCUGAACCAAUGGAGGUAGGGGCUACACGUAUCUGUGCGACGCUGUCGGAGACAACUGGGGCUCUGUCCCUAUUGUGGCCAGGAGGGACAGCUUCAACUGUGUCCGCUAAGUUCUAAACCGAGAGUCACUAAAGCAGAGGGACGGUCCAGUGAUCAUCCGUCUCAUGGGGUAGGUCAGGGUGUGAGUAUUCAUCUUCACUCUCCAACAAACCUUUCUUAGUACCUAUUUCAAUAGCUGUCUGUCCCUCGUGUUGUUUCCACAGCUCUAUUUGACUCCGGAGCCACGGGGAAUUUUAUUGACCAGGCCCUUGCCUCCUCCCUGAACAUCAUACCCGCUCUCUUCUCCGUUUCCAGUUCAAGCACUGGAUAACCAACUACUGGGAUCUGRCACAGUCACACACAUCACAGCACUACUCACCAUCACCGUGGGAGCCCAGCACCAAGAAAGCAUCACCUUCCUCAUUAUCCAGGCACCCGUACACAAAGUCGUCCUCGGCCUCCCGUGGCUUAACGCCACGAUCCCACCAUCUCCUGGCCGAGGAUGGAGAUUACGGCCUGGGUACCCAGAUGCCGGAAGACCUGCUUUUCCUUACCUUGUGGUUUCACGUAGGUUGAGAAUCCUGUGGUUUCCCUCCAGGCCGACAUCCCAGAGGUUUACCAGGAUCUCUGGGAGGUUKUCUCCAAGACUCACGCCACCUGUCUCCCUCCUCUUUGCCCCUGGGACUGAGCCAUCGACCUGCUUACAGACUCUGCGCCUCCGCGCAGCCGCAUCUACCCCCYGUCGGUGGCUGAAACCAAGCCUAUGGAGGAGCACAUCUAGCAGUCUCUACAACAAGGUUUCAUCCGCACAUCCACCUCCCCUGCAUCGGCUGGCUUCUUUUUCGCAGUGGUGUAGUCCUUAAGUUAAAGUACUUUAAAGUACUACUUAAGUCAGUUUUUUGGGGUAUUUGACAACU